GAUCUUUGGGGUUUGCGUGGUGUGGGUGUGACAUUGGGAGUGGAAAGAGAUGUAUCACACAUCACCUCAUGUCAGUAAUUGCUAUAAAAAGAGAAGUCAGAGCCAACAGCUCAGUUGUCUGACUCAACGGCUGAAAGGCAGCAACAUUUUAGUUUUGUGUUAGUGCAGUGGAGCUGAACACAUAGCUGCCAGAAUGGUGUUGGGCAUCUCUGUGCUGUUGGUGGGACUGCUCAUUAUAUGUGAUUGUGUGACUGGGGCAAAGACCGGAGUCAGGUACAAGAGGGGCUUGACAAUGCCUGGGACACUAUGGUGCGGUGCAGGGAGCUCUGCGGAUAACUUUACCAAUCUAGGUAUUUUUAAUGGGGCAGAUCUUUGCUGUAGAGAACAUGAUCACUGUUCCCACCAAAUUGAAGCAUUCCAGUUCCAGUAUGGGAUGAGGAAUUAUCGUCUGCACACAGUGUCACACUGCCAUUGUGACCAAAGAUUUAGACUUUGCUUACAUGGUCUUAAUGACACAAUCUCAACACUGGUGGGCAUCAUGUUCUUCAAUAUUUUGGAGAUGUCCUGCUUCAGCCUGAAAGAAGAAGAACAGUGUGUGGAGUGGUUCUGGUGGGGAGGAUGCAAAAGGUUUGAUUUGGUACUGAAAGCUGAGCUACAGAAACAAGCUUUCUUCAACUAUACCCACCCUACAGACUUGCAGACAUCUAUAGCUUCUUCACAUGGAGACACACUUGUACCCACUUCCCCAAGUCAUACUCAAGCUCCACCUACAUUGUCUCCAGUCUUUGGUGGUAUUGCUAAGAAAAGAAGAAGACUUCUAAAGAACAAACUACAAGGAUACUUUUUUAGAGGAUACCAGAAAUUUAGAGAACGAAACAGCCAGAAAUCCGCUGAAAGAGACAGCCAAGAGCUUUCUGACAAAGCAAACCUUAUACCCAAAGUAAAUAAUGUACAUACACUUGUACAAAAACACAAGCAAAAAUGGACAGAAAUAUACAGCCUUCCACACAAGGAGGCAAUCAGCCUGGGGCAAGAAGAGGCAAUUAAGGCCCAGCAAAUAGAGGCAGAAAGCACUUUAGUGCUAAAGACAGGCAAAGUCUCAAAAGAUGGCGCAUACAGGGAUAUGGAGGAAGAGACACUCAAACACACACUUAAAGAGACAGAGAGGAGUAAAAGGAAGCAACGUGCAAAGAGAAUGAAAAAACAUAGAUGCAGUAACCCUGGGAAAACCAGUGACCAAAUCAAUAAUGAGUCUAAAAGUUCAGGAGAAGUAACACCUAUGUACAGAAGGAAAUAACAUCCAGAAAUUGUCAAGAGUUCUUAUUAGGCACAUUACAUGACAACUGUGUGCAUCUGCGGAAAGAACAGUCCAGUCUGAACCUACCUAUGAAUAUCUAUAUUUAAUACAUCAAAACUGGUUCCUUGUACAGUGAUGACUUUAUUGAUUGAAUAUGUUGGAUUCCACUCCAACAUAUUCUGCAGCACUGUACAACAGAUGGGUGUAUUUACUGAACAUACAGAAAGAAUGCCCUUCUCAAUAGAGCUUAAAGUUUAAAACAAGAAAGGGGUAAGAAGCAAUAUGUGUGGGGGGUUGGGCACGAUCAGGCAUUAGAAAAGAGGGAUAUGAUAGUGUACUUAGAAAUUCAUUGUGGCAUACAGUUUCCACUGAAGGAAUUCUAUGCUAGAUGCGGGUACGCUUCUCUAAAGGAAUGUGUUUUUCAAGAAAGGCAGAGAGAAUGGAAGAAAGUUCCAUAGGACGUGGAAGGAUAUCAAAGAAAUGGGAUGCAGUAUGCAUGCAUAUGAAGAGGUAAUGAGUGAGGUGGUGAGGAGUAGAUUGCUGGAAGAUACUCACAUUUUUGUAUUUAUUCAGCGUUUAAUGUUUUAUUUAUGUUUUUUAUCAUAGAUUUUUAUUGAGUAGUUUUGUCAAGUAGGGGCUCGGUAAAGAAAGAAGAAAAAUGGUGGCAGGGAGGGGGAGUACAAGCUAUUAAUAAUACAACCAAAAUACAAUACAACAAAUAUAGUAUAUGCAGGUAUAAACAACACGAGUGAAGUUAUUCAGGUGCAAAUCCAAGAUGUAUGCAAAGCAAGCCUAGUCAACCUAUAUAAAGUACUUUUCCCAUGUGGCUCUUGUGAUCCCAAUACGUUAUAAAAUCAAGGACCUAUGGUAGUUUUGUAUUAAUUUGUUUCCUUAAAAAGGAACCACCUGAGCCAGGUAUCCCUGAAAUCAUUUAUCUGUCUAGAUGUAGAAGCAGAAAGUUUACCUUAAGCAACCAUUCCUCUGGAAAGGUAGAAGUGACCGAUUUAAUUUUAAGUGGAAUAGGAAAUUUGACUGCAUUAAGCAAAUGCCUCUCCAAAGUACAAUCUGGGGUAUCUGUUUCAUCUCUUAUGUCCCAGAAGAGUAGGACCUUUGCUGGGGAAUUUGUUACUUCCUGGCCCAAGAUAUGUCUACAUAGUUGCAAUACAGAAUCCCAGUAAGGCUGAUUCAGUGUGCAGUCCCAUAGGAUAUGGAGUAGAGUGCCUGUAGCUGAUUGGCAUACCCAGCAGACAUUUCUAGCUUGUGGGAAGAUUUGUUUUAAUUUUUAUUGGGUGUGUGGUACCAAAUCUUGUAAUUUAGUUAUUGAAUUCUGCAGCACUGUGAACUGAAGAAUAAGUUACAUAUCCCUUUCCCAAGGGCUUCCACUGAGAGGUCAAGCUUGAGUCCCUUUCCUAUGACCUAAGUGCUUGCGAUCACCUGGUGAGGCUGGGAGCUUAUACAAAACAGAGAUGGUAUGGUUUGGUGUACAGUUGGUGUAGCAGAGUGGCAUCAGAUCCCUGCCUAGCUAGUUGAUUCCCCCUAACUGUGUAUAAAAAUGUUUAACCUGAGAGUGCUGAAAUUCAUGGAAUCAAAGCAGCAGAUGGGUGGUCCAGUGGAGGUUUUGUUUUUUAUAUUUUUAUUUACAUUUUUAGUUUAGAGGACCUAACCAAUUGCUUAUCAUGUGCACAAUAGUGGUACAAAUAAAUGACAACUACUGAAAAGAACUAACAGGUGCUAUUGAUCUGAUCAUACUGGGGGCUCACCAUAUCUCAUUAAUAUCUGAAUAUAUCUGAUAUUUACUGAAAACAAAAAAAAAUUGGUGCUCAUAAAAACAGGGCUGGAUUUACAUAGCGGGCUGAUAUGUCUUGCUGUCUUUGAGCUGAGCUGCACACUACAAACUUUUGUGCUGGGCUACAAUGUAUAUGCCACUAGGGUUGUGAUAAAUGGUUUAUUAUUUCAUGUAACAUCUUGGGCACCUACUGUAUAGACAGGGUUUUCUUGAAUGAACAAGAAAAAAAGAAAGACACAUUGUAUGUAGAUUAGAAUCCCUGUUCCUACAAAAUGAUAUACCACUCCUCCUUAAUGAACACCGUGCAUUAUAUACAGGAUCAUGUAAAUAUGAAA